AGGCUCCGGCUGUCAGCAGCAGGAGGAGGCAGAGAGCGCAGCAUCCUCUGGGACUGGACUCAUCUCAGGCCAGUUGCAGCCUUCUCAGCCACACGCCGACCAAGGAACAAUCAGCACGAUGAGAAUCGCCGUGAUUUGCUUUUGUCUCCUGGGCAUGGCCUACACCCUCCCGGUUAAACACGCUGAUUCGGGCAGUUCCGAGGAGAAGCAGCUUUACCAUAAACACCCAGAUGCUCUGGCCACAUGGCUAAACCCUGACCCAUCUCAGAAGCAGAAUCUCCUAACACCGCAGGAUGCUGUGUCCUCGGAAGAAAAGGACCUUAUACAAGAGACCCUCCCGAGUAAGUCCAAUGAAAGCCACGACCACAUGGAUGAUAUCGAUGAGGAUGAGGACGAGGACCACGUGGAUAACCAGGACUCCAAGGAAUCCGAUGAUGCCGACCACCCCGAUGACUCUCACCACUCUGACGAGUCCCACCAAUCUGAUGAGUCUGAUGAAGUCACUGUGUCCCCCACUGAGGAUGCAGCAACCACAGUUUUCACUGAAGUUCUUCCCACAGUAGAAACAUACGACGGCCGUGGUGACAGUGUGGCUUACAGACUGAAGAGGUCAAAAUCUAAGAUGUUCCACGUCUCUAGUGCCCAGUAUCCUGGUGCUUCAGAGGAAGACCUCAGCUCACACAUGGACAGCGAGGACUUGGAUGAUACACCCAAGGCCAUCCCAGUGGCUCAGCACCUGAAUGUACCUUCUGAUUGGGACAGCCAGGGGAAGGACAGCCAUGACGUAAGCCAGAUGGAUGACCACAGCGUGGAAACCCAAAGUCACGAGCAGGCCAGACAAUAUAAGCGUGAGGCCAAUGAUAACAGCAUUGAGCAUUCCCACAGCAUUGAUAGUCAGGAAAGUUCCAAAGUCAGCCAGGAAUCCCAGAGCCGUGAAUUUCACAGCCACGAAGACCAGCUAACCAUCGAGACGAAGAGUGAAGAGGAUGAAGAACACAGAAAAUUCCGUGUUUCUCAUGAAUUAGAUAGUACAUCUUCAGAGAUCAAUUAAAAAAGAGAAGCAAAGCAUAAUUUCUGAUUUUGCUUCUAGUAAAAAGAAAAAAAAAAUACAUGAUAGCAAGAUGCCAGCCAAUAUGAAAUGUUGAUUUCUCAUUUUGGUGGAUGAAUGUAUACGUAAGUGAAUCUGGAAAUAGAGAAUGUUUUUAAUCAGUAGUGUAGUUUGUUGUUUUGUGUUAACUCCUUCAUAAACUAAAAGCUCCAGCAUUUUGUCUAAGUUCUCGCCACAGAAGAAAUGCAAACUAUCACUGCAUUUUAAUGUUUGGUUGUAUUUUAUGAGUAGAAACUUAUGGAGAAGGAGACAAAAUACUUUUACACACUUUUAAAAAAUGUAACACUUUAUGUCAUUAUCGUCUUUUGUUUUUCAAAUUAGUGUAUAUUUUGUUGUGAUUUUUGCUGUGAAUAAAUCUUUAUCUUGAGUGU